UUCAGUUUAAAGAAUCUAGCGCGUAGGUAGCCAUUAAUGGGUAGAAAUUAUCUGGAAAUUGACCAAUUUUCUGUUUGCUGUAGGUGGGAGGCGGUUGUAAGCUGUUUAAGUAAAAGGUGACAUCGUCAGAGCCGGACAGAUGUGGCUAACGAUAGCCGUUUGCAUUGUUACGGGUGGGCUUCUUCACGGGGCGCAUGGUGAGUUUGAUGGGAAGAAGCUGAAGAUGGCGAUACUGAAGGAUUACCAGAGAGGCGUCCGUCCCGUGGCGAACCACACCCACACCACGCCCCUCAAGAUGGGCAUGGACUUCAGACAGAUCAUCGACUUGGACGAAAAGCACCAAAUCCUCUCCAGUAAUGUUUGGAUGAGAAAGUACUGGAAGGACGAGGCGCUAACCUGGGACCCAGACGAGUACAACGGCAUGAAGUACAUCAACCUGCCUUCCACGGAGAUCUGGCUGCCGGACGUCGUCCUUACUAACAGUGCCGGAAAGAACCACGACCAGCCUCAGAACAACGUCAUCAUCAGCUACAACGGUGAGGUGACCUGGCUGGUGACCCGGAUGUACUUCAGCGCCUGCUACAUCAACACCUACUUCUUCCCGUUCGACGAACAGAAUUGCACUUUGACCUUUGCCUCUUGGACACACAGCGGCUUCGAAAUCGACCUCAUUCAAGAACCCGAACCGCCGAGCAAGUCCUAUUACGUCAACAAUGACGAGUGGAAGUUGAUUGACAUUUACGUCAGACGAGACGUUGUCUACUACGAGUGCUGUCCAGAACCGUAUCCGGAAGUGACGUAUACCAUACGGAUCCAGAGAAGGGCCCUGUUCUACGUCACCAACCUGUUGGCGCCAUGCUGUCUGCUGUCCUUUCUCGUCAUCUUCGGCUUCUACCUGCCGUCUGAUUCCGGGGAACGAGUCGGGCUGGGCAUCACCAUCCUGCUCUCGUACUCAGUGUUCCUGCUGAUGGUGUCGGAGUGGAUGCCGCCUACGUCACGGACGGUGCCACUGAUAGUGGUAUACUACAGCGUGACGAUGCUGCUCGUUACCCUGGCAACCGCCAUGACCAUCGCGGUGCUGAACAUCCACCACUGCGCAGCCCACACCACGCCGGUCCCUCACGUCAUCCGGUUUCUCGUGCUGAGACUUCUCGCGAGACUCGUGUGCAUGAACAGCGUGUCGUCUCAUUGGGAAGAAGAGCACCACCAUCCAUGGAACAUCGAGAGAACCAUCAACAUGUUCACCAUGAACACCCUGGACAACGGGCACGGCACGGACACCGAGUCGGUCGCGAAGAAUAAGAGCAAGCCGCCGGGAAACUCUCCAGGAGAGAACGGACUGUACGCGUCCCUCUUGAUGUCCAUGAGAGAGAUUCACAAGGAGAUCCGCACCAUAAACGCGAGGUUUCAGAGGACUGAUAUCCAGACUGGGAUCGAGGACGAGUGGAAGAAAGUAGCGAAGGUCAUAGACAGAUUUCUCAUGCUGCUGUUUGCUGUCGCCACCUGCCUGACGAGCGUUUGUCUUUUUUCCCAAGUGCCACAUUUCAAUCUAUAAAGAGAGAAAACAGUGUAACACUGGGGUUCAAGGACUGCUAAACUGACCAUGCAAAACGGCUUUAAGCAUUUUGGCCGAGCGGUUUAGCGUCUGGGUUUGUGAGCUGUCGGCCAGGGAUCGUCGCGGGUUCGAAUCCCAGGAGUCAGAAGAUUUCUAUAUAUUGUUUCUGUCUGUUUCUACGACCUUUUUGUGUGGCACAUCUAUAGCAUGUUACUCACAAGGCCGGUGUGGGAACCAUUUAAACAAGAGGAGAGUAGAAACCGAAAGAACCUGGCUCCCAGGAUUUAAACCUGGGCCGCCGGCUUACAAACCCAGCACCCAACCGAUUCGGCCAAAAGGCUUUAAGCCUUUAAAAAGCUGUUUGGCGUGGCCAGUUUAACAAUCUCUGAACCCCACUGUUACAUCAUGCUGCUGUAAAUACCUUAUGUCCGUAUUUACCACAGAAAGAAAGCAUAUUGACAAUCAUGAAUGGGACUGUGAAAGGUUGUAGAAGAAUUAAAUGUACAAAAUAAAAUAAACUACGCGGGGACGAUUUAAGCUAUAGAGUCAGCCAAUUGUACAGUGUUCUUUAGAUACUGCCGCAGAAAUAUAUAUGCUUAACUCUUGUAGAUAUUUAACGAAAAACGUUUUGCACUUUGACGCAAAGAGGUUGAUUGACGAAAGUUCACAUUGAUUUGUAUCAAUUUGUAACAGCCUGUUUCAAGUCCACCGGACCACACAUAGCUGUAAAUGCUGUUGCUUCUUACUACAUUACGGUAUGAACCACCGAUCUUAAAACUAGAACAAAAUGUAUCAAGUUAAUAUAAGAUAUCAAACUUACAACUGUAAUGCGAGGAUGGAUGCGACACUGUCGUUAAAACUGUAAUCACAUGAUCGUAUAUUCAGAACACUUUGUCAUAAUGCUCUGAAACCUUUGAUAGAACGCAGAUAACAUUUCAUUCCAAUGCUAUGUAUUGUUGAAUGAAGUGGUCUUAAAACUAGUCAACUAUACAUAUACGAACAACACACAAAUAUGCUCUCAAAGCUAGGUGUACCUACUAUAUACGUAUAUAGGAGUGGCCUUAACACACACUGUAAAAUACCAUUAGGUAUACCUUCCACAACUACAUACAGUAAUAUAUUUUAUUUCUCUAUUAAAAGAGGAACAUAGAAAUUUAGUCCAUAUAUAAACAUAGGUUUAAAAAAUCCACAUGGCUGCAUUAGUUAAAUAGGUAAUCAUAGUUUUCUGUGGUAGGUCAUCACGCUCUUAUUGGCUCGAGGAUACCUAAGGAUAUCAUGGCAGAGGAGACGUAUUAGAAGUUACUAAUCCUACUUAGUGUCUGCUGUCUACAAAUACUCAUAGGCAAUGUGUAUAUGUGUAUAUCUGUACCGAAUGGGCGUUAUGUCGUGUGAAAUAUUUGAUAUUACGUCGAUGAGGGUUAGAAGUCCUGGUAAGAAGAUACGCCAAGAAGUAGUUACUCAAGCAACUUCCAAAAUCAUGUUCAGUUGCUUGAGUAACUACUUCUUGUCGUAUUUGUUAUAACAUCGAUUGUAGAAGCAGCACAUUUAAUGUUUGGACAAAGUAUUGAAGGACAUUUGUAUAUUUACACAGAGGACAAUUAAGGUUACCCCAUGAUCGACAACAAGACUUAGAUAAUGAUUGGCCUUGUACUAUGUGAUGGUCAUGUGCACAUUUAAUAAAUGUGUGCGUUACGGUUAGAAAUAUUCAUUGCCCGAAGUGUCUUUUUGCAGACUGAAAACCUUUACUUCAUGAAUUGAAUAAUCAUUACAGCAGAUUACCCCCUGUUUUUUUACCGCAGUUGUAAAUUGUAAGAGUCUCACUCACGACAAACCUCGCCUUCUUCAUCCCCAUCGGCAGCUGUAAAUCUAUAAACAGGGUACAUUAGCCACAAUGAAUGUUUCCGUACCAGAAUGAUAGUUACUUCUGGCAUAUUCCUAGU